UCCGGGUUUUUGUGCUCAGAAGCAGGCAACUGUACAUGUCAAGGAAAGGUUAAUGUGACUGUGAAAUGCCACUCUGCUGGUGAUAGGCUUGAUGAAAUUGUGUCCGAUUUUCCUCAAACGACAACACAUAUGUAAGUAGAAAAAAGGAUGUAUGCUAGGUCCUGAAACUUUUACUUACUUACUUUUUUUUUAUUCCGAAAAUAAUUCAGUGGCGUAUACCUAGGACAAUAUCCCCUUUAUCACAGAUGAGGCCCAUAGAACUCUCGACUAGAGUUAUGAUGAAAGCAACGGAAAAAUUUCCGCUCAGCCCCAUACUUCAUUAUGCACACAGUUCCUGAAGGGAGAAAACAAUGGCAAAAACAAUAAAUUACCUUUGGGGCUACAGCUUUGUUUUAGAAUGGCAUGGGGUUACACGGAGAUCUUUCACAAUGGAAAUCUCUCAGCUGAAACUUAGUGAUUGAGUGUUGGCAUUUCAAAUUUGUCGACUUCGCUCUUCUAUCACGCUAAGCUAGGCUGCAGUCGACGGAUGGUGAUCUGUCUACUUAUCUAUGAACUUCAGUUAACAUUUUUAGAGCACCGUAUACGUUAGAAAAAUUCGUUACGAUUUCUCAAAUAAAAAAUCUCCCCAAUAGAGGUUGUACUGUUGGCUUACUGGUUUUAAAGUUUUUUAUUUCGUUUCCAAUUAGAUGCAUAUCCAUCUAUGUUGGCGCCGGUUUUAUUUGUAUCUCUCCAGAAUUCUUAGGAACAACAGAAUAUCCAGCCUCUUGCCGCUGAUAGCUCUUCGUCGUUUCAAACUGCUGCAAGUGUUGUAAGUGUUACGAAAAGCUGUAUCUAUUGAAGUACGAUGGAGAAUAAGGUGAACUCCCUAUGGGCAUGUCUAUUUAUUCAAAUUUCAUUUUUUGGGGGAAACCCAUUUAAAAUUAGACUGAACCAUGCACCGAACUUGAAAAUAAUAAUUUGAAAGACCAAGCAAGUCAUAACUCCGAUAUGCAAAUGCAUCGUAAGGGCGAACACCGUGAUAAUUGGUCGGGCCGAACUUGCCCGGGCGCAACGCUAUAUUCAGAAUACUAACCGAGAAUAAACUAUAGCUUGUUACAAUUUGUAAUAUUCAUCGUUGCUUUAAAUAACACCUUUCAAGUGAGCGAAAAACAUCGAGCUCAGGGCACAAACCGUUUCGAUUGUUAACGUUCUGAUGCAAAACAAGAACCGUGGUGACAGUUAAAGGUCAUUAGAAGAAAGGUCCAAAUUUAAGGACCUUGGUAUAAGAUUGUAAAUUGCUUGAGAAUUGUACGACACGAAUGCUUUCGAUAAUUACUGGCUGGUCUGCAGUAGGGGCAAUAGGUCAUUAUGAUUUAAAAAAAAAAAACAACAUGAAUUUGGCGAUUUCAAACGUAUUGCCGUACUUGGACUGAUAUCUAAAAUUCCUAGUUUGGAGAAUAGAGGAGCAAUCGAUAGUCUGAAUUGGUUAUAGCCCGUACAGCUUGCUUUUUCCAAACAAUAAAUUCUAUUUACAACCAGGUGGAGUUACAAUACACAAUAUAUGGAUAAAUGAUGGUGUUGUACAAAGUGAUAUUGGUUGUAGAGGAUAGGAAAAAGCGAGACCGAACUAUAAUACCUAUCGAUCCGUGAAUUAAUGAACCAGGGUGAGCAUAACUUGCCCCUUGAAAUAUACGUGACCUGUGAAUCUUUACUUAUCUUUUGUGAAAACCUCAAUUCGUGCGCGACCAGGAAUCAGAAACCCCUUCCUCCCCCCCCCCCCGCCCCAUGCAACUCUCUUUCAUGCAACUCUCUUUCGGUUCUUGAUGCAUUAGAUGAUUGAUUUAUCACGAGUUUUGCACAACGACUUCAUGAUUCCUUUUUGUCGACUGAUUUGGUGAUUUUGAUCAAGAAUUAAUUCAUGUUUUUUGCUACGUACAGUCAAACUUGUAUUAAGCGGUUAUCCCACGGAGUAAUGGCUUGGGGCCUCCUAAUACAAGUUGACCGUUUAAUACGGUUUCCAUAGAAUAGGGAAUUAUUAAGAAAUGAAAAAAGGGUCAUUUUAAGCUAUAAUUGACCAUCUAAUGAACAAAAAUUUUCUCAAUAAUACUAUCAACAUUGAUUUCGGGAGAUAAAUGUGGAUUAAAUUUUAUGAGAAAGAUUAUUCUUAGUUUUAUGUGAGUUGCUCCGAUUUAAAUGACCAUCCAAUACAGGUAGAAGACAAUACAAACCGGGCCUUUGGGACUCAGUAAAGGGUGAUCACGACUGCCUCAGAGACGUUACCGCUUAAUAGAUAUGAAAAUUACAGCAAUUAAGCAGUAAAACUUUCAGGACUUUGACAACCAACUACUUAAUAUAGGCUGACCGCUUAGCACAGUGCUAUUACUACAGGUUCGACAGAAAUGUUAUAGUUAUUGCCUGUUCUCUAUUACAUGGUUCCUGGCAAUAAUCUAUUCAAAAGGGUCACCUCCAUUCACAUAUGAUUUUUCUAUGCAUAAUUAUUGUACGUAUUCUCUCGAUGCAGAGAUCUUCGAGGCAAUCUUAUUACCACACCAGGCAGUAUUCAAGUGGAACUUGUCCUCGGGCGGCUAUCAAAAGUGUAAGUUUGACGUAAUCUUCUGCCUUAAGAGAAAAAAACAGUCUGAGCACCCAUAUAAUUAACAUUCUUUCUUUCUUUUAUGACAUGGACACUCUAAGUAUGAUGGGACUCCAUCAGAUAUUGUCUUAAAAUUGUGCAUUUGCCACAGUCACAUAAUCGAGAAAUGUCAGUAGGGGUUUAAAGUAUGUUGAUCGUAUGAGCACAAUUUAAGAUUCGAGCACUGAUCAUUCUUUUCUGAGAGGUCAUGUAGAUAGACGCUCUUAAACAUACAGAAAGCAAAAGAUUAUGUAUAAGGAUAGUUAGUCCAAUAUAUAGACAUGUUUCAUGUGCUUACCAAUUACCAACCCUAUAGAAAUCUUUCGGGGAAACAAGCCCUCAGAUAAACCACUGGAACUCUCAUCUUCAGCUCAAACCUUUCAAAACUUUUAGCAGAAAAUUAAAAGUAGUCACCCCGUUGAAACUUCCCAUUAAAGAGUCUCAAUCUGGUUUAACUGUCAGUCGUCAAACGUGGAAGAGGAUAAGAGAAAUGCAAUUAUUUAUGACCAGAGGAGUCCGAAGGAUGUUUGAGGGGAAUCACAUGAUUUUCUAGGGGAAAAAAGGGGAGAUCAGUGGUCGCUAACAGAGUACAUAGGGGGGGACUAUAGAAAGUGGAGUGUUCCUUUUAUCCCUUUGGCCCCUAGGCCCCUCUCUUCUCCCAUCUCCUCUCCCCUCUUCCCUCCUUCAGGAGACUGUUUAUGACGGCUACCUUUUUCUGAUCGAAUCAGAAAAAAAAGGGGGGGGGGAAUGGGAGGACAAUGUGACGGCCUUAUGCGCCUCAUCCGAGCGAUGAUGAUGAUGAUGAUAACGAUGACGUAAUUGGCCAGCGUAAAGAAUUUCAAAACUGACGUUUCGAGUAUUAUCCCUUCGCCAUUCGUUCUGACUCGAAACGUCAGCUUUGAAACUCUUUACGGGGACCAAUUUCCGAUUAACUGUUAUACUCUCCCACCGACGCAGUACAACAGUUUCUUUAGAAACCUGCCCCAUUUACUAAUUCUCGGAACGUCAUCUUUAGAAACUCUUGAUCUCUUUAUGGUGGCCAAUUUAGAUUACUAACACAGUUGAUAAAACCAAAUUAUACGUUAUAAAGCUCGUGUAAUGAUAUUUAUCUCCAUAGUUUAUUGGACAAUAACCCUCUGGAGUGUGACUGUGGAAUAACUCCUUCCCUUUGGACAGCCGAGGUGACUGGCACGUGUGCCCAUCCACCACAUCUGAGAGGAAUUGAAGUUCAAACGCUUCAUAUCGAGGAUUUCAAAUGUGGUGAGUUUGAUCCUCGGUACCUUGAGAAGACUCCUCCGAUUGAGAUUAGGUGAAAUGAGGAAAAUAAAAAUGAAACAAGGGAAGCUUCCACUUACAAAACGUUUAAUUCUCGUGAAUAAAGAAUUCAAAAUUAUCAUACGUUUUUGAGGCAAGGCACACCCUGUUUCUUGAAGGAAAACAAUAGCGAGGACAUGACCGUCAAGUGUGUCGAUAGAGGCAUAUGAAUGAAUUUUGAGGAGGAGUUUUAGCCUCCUCUUUAAUUCCUCAGCGAGACUAGCCUAUUUUCACGAUGCUCUGUUGCUAGGAAUAAGCUGUGCAAGACUUUUCAUCCUUGGAAGGCGCACGACAGGCUAUUACAGAAUACACAAACCCAAAAUGGUUGUAUUGCCCGGAAACAUGAGCUACAUUCGCGCGUGGUGUGACAUGCAAGGAGCGGAUGGAGGAUGGAUCCUACUUCAACAGCGUAACGAUACUACUGUAAACUUCUCAAGAAACUGGGUUUCUUUUGAAAACGGUUUUGGUAAACCUGGCGUUGGGUUCUGGGUGGGAAAUAAAUACAUGCAUGCCAUAACGUUAAAUAGACGACAUGUGCUAAGAAUUGAAUUACCCGAUAUUUACUGGGGAGACCAAUCGCUGUUUGGGGAGUAUGACAAUUUUCAGGUGUCAAGUCCUUCUACUAACUAUAUUCUUCAGGUGGGAAAUUUUCGAGGCAAUAUGGCUAACAUCCUUUCAGCCGUCAACAACUCUGCGUUUUCCACUUGGGAUCGUGAUAAUGACGAUUUAGAUGGCUCGUGCGUCAUGGAAAUGAAAGGAGCCUGGUGGUAUGGAGACGAUUGUCUUGUGGCAAUCCCGAACAGAAUGGUGCGUUUCGUUAGGAUAUCAAUGAAGGCUAAAGAACUCUUGGGAGGUAAUUUUUUAGUAAAAUGCAGCUGUUUCUGCUUUACAAAUUCUUAGUCAAAUUCCUUUAUGAGUUAUUCAAUUCCGACAUGGAUUACAAUGUUUCGGCUGCAUACUGCCAUUCUCUCUGAGAAGAUGACAUCGACUGAUGCUUAAGAAUUACUAUGCUUUGCUGUAAUUGGUCAAUUUUCAACCAGUGAUCACGUUCCCCAAGUGGUUCACUGGUGCACACCUCUCCUGUGUGUGUACCUUGAUCGUCGGCUUUCAUGUUUGUAGGAUUUCUAUUUCACUAAAGCUAUUAGGGAUGUAACCAUGGAUUCGAAGGCGAAAAGCCUCAAUCAUAAAUGCAAUGUGCACGUUUUAUAAUAGAGACCACGACCCGUAAACUUUGCUUUGCUCCAAAGCGGUCAGUACCCGGUAUUGUGGGUGAGCUUAGGAACGGCGCGCGGUAUCUGUGCAUAGCUUCUCGUCCAGUCUCGCCCGUUAAAAAUAACGGCAUUCAUGGGAAAUCCUGUAGUUUUCCAGGCUUUGAAUAUUAUCUUUGCGAUGCCUAAUCUAUGGUUUCAUUUUGUCUGUUUCAUAUCUUUUAUAACCAUCUAAGACUUUUGCCUUCAGUUCGCCCAUAACAUGGACCAUCAUAUCUGUCGCUUAUGUCUAAUGUUGCGUAAACUUGAUGGCAGGUUUCAUCCUUCCCAUCACCUACUGCAUACACUUGUUAAACUAACGUUUCACUGAAAACACGAGAAACGAACUGAAUCAAGCUCUCCUGUGUCUUCUAGCCAAUAAGUAUUGCCAUUUCGGCUCUUUUCGAAGGCUUCUUUGAGGCCUUCAUUUACACCCCAGUAUACAUCGAUCUGCAGCCUUUGGUUAUCUCGAUGCUACUCACUCUUAUUCAUGGGGUUUGCUUUUUCCAGUCUGUAAAGUUUCGUCUUCGUUCUGCUUGAUUCGUGCAUUCAACAUCCCGCACCACAAGCGGAUUUCGGUCUUGUCCAUGACCUCGUUGGCCGCAGGUCUUUUCGCUUUUGUUUACUUUUUUAGCUUGGCUUGAGACGUUGCUACUUCUACGAAUUUACUUCGUCUUUUGGGAAUGGUUGGAUGGCUUGACAUCCAAAACCCUGCCCCAAUAUCCUCGAAAAACUCGUGCGUUUGAACGGCUAAGGGUUGUGACUAUAAGAGGUAACCCUGCCCCUAAGACAAACAGAAGAGAACCCGGCCGGCGAGCGAGAGCUUUUUGAGCAGAACCCAGCAAUAAUGAAGCUUUUAAUCACUUUACGCGUUAAGGAAUGUUACUAGAAGAAUGGGAGCGUUUCUUUCCCUCUCAGCCUUGCCCGCGAUAAACAUGUAAAUAAGGUAUCUUCAUUUUCGUGUGAUUAAGACAAUAAAAUCAUCACUUAACUGAAUUAAACCCACCUUAUCAAUAUUACAGUUCUUUUCGCUUAUUCUAGGUAAUUGUUCCCUUAAAGCUCUUCCCAGUAGAAUCGAAUGUGGAUUGCCAAACAUCACAAAAGAGGACUGUCUAGCACGUGAUUGUUGCUUUGACGGCGACGCAGUUGAUAACACAUUAAAGUGCUUUGUUCAGCCUCAUCUUGGUGAGUGAACAAUGUUCCAUAUUUCUUUCAUUAAAAAAGGUAGUAAAUCUGUUUUCUUGAGUGUUUGUUUAAAACAGGAUCGACUAAAGUAUUGUGUAUAAUGCUUUCAGUCAGUAUUACGCUUUAAGAUGGUCAUUAACUUAAGUACGUGGGGUAAUAAAACUCAAAAACAGCUAACACACUUAUUGCAUAUAUAGUUUCGUGUUCAAAAACAAAACAAAACAAAAAAUAAAUGCGAAAAUAGAUCCAAACUGACAUAAAUCAACACUGUAUACAAAUCAUGGAGUCAGGGCCGUCAAGUUGUGGUCCGACGCGCAAGUUCCAUCGCAGCUCAUUGUGGCAAUCUCUGGUCAUGGCAAUGAAGCAAGCCUCAGAAAUUACAAAGUCCGCUCUUUGAGUGGGCAAGUAAGGGCUUGUUCCGAUAUCCUUUUCCGAUUCGUUGAGUGUGAGGCCUAGGCUGUCACAGCAGCUCAAUUUUCCAGACGCCAUCACCUCGAGCGAUCUUCAUGUUCCUAUGAAUUCGACAGUCUUUCAUUCACACACCACACCGCCUUUAUUUAGCUUAAUUAUUAUUCAACCAAUCAAGUUAUUUGAACCAUUCUAACGAGGAUUCUGAUUGGCUUCUUUUAAUGUGCCUUAUGUUGUUCAGAUGCAGGCUCACGCCACGACUGUUCGUUUGGAAAAUAAAGUUUGUUAAGAAAAUUAUACGAAUCGGUGGGGAAAGUAAUUUUUUCUUCAUCAUAAAACAGAUAAAGAAACCUCGACUGCGCUCUGUUCUGUUGAGCACUUAGAGGAGAAAGAAAGCACUUAGGGAGCGGUUGGAGUACUCAAGAAGUGGGGAAACACGCGACUAAGUCCCGUCAGUGUUUUCCCUACACAUCUAUCGCGCUUCCUGCAUGUUCACUCAUGUGAGCAGAUUAAAAUACAGUCAAGGCUUCUUUAUUUAUUAAUUAGAAAUUUCUUACGCUAAGCAGCGCGCGGCGAUAUUUUUACGGUUAUAAUUUGCCAUCAUAUGUCGGUAUGUAUUUGGAAUUGAAUUGAUAUUGUGGUCUGCUGGUUAUGAAAUACCUUUCGUAGUAUAUACAAACGCAAUUGUUCACUUAAAGUCGUUUAAUAAUUCACAAGUAUCAAGUAUUAUCUUUGUUUGACUAAUUAUCGAAAUGGAGUAGCGAAUGUGCGAGCGAUUACCACUCAAUCUCCAUUCUAUUUAACAAGUGUUCCUCAAGAGAAUUGGUUGCUUCUACAUUAAGAGCAAACGGAUAUCAGGACAUCAAGAUCCUCCGGUGGAACUUGUCAACGCCUGUAGAUCUGUGGCGUGGUCACUUGGUCUUAAAGUGUUCGCCGUACGCAAUGGCAGUGAAUGCCUUGGUGACAAGAAUUUGCCCUACGUAUUACAUAGACUAAAUGCUUCAAGAGGGUGUCUAGGAGGUAGAGGAGGACAAAACGUAUCUGACGUCUAUCGUCUCACAUGUAAGAAAAUCUCUUUGACCUUUAGUCUUUCUGCGGCUAUCCAUCAUUUUCUCGUUCAGCUGAUCGUCUAUUGAUACAUCGCUUUAUUAACGUUCAUUUUAUCUAUCUUUGUAUUAAAUCUUCCUUUUUCUUGUGUAUUCUUUUUAUUCGCAAAAGUGCUGAUUUUAACAGCUCCACUUUCGUCAUCUUGUUGUUUGUCCGUUUAUCUGUGAGUUUUUUUGGACUGAUUUAUUAUUAAACAAUUGUUUAAGUCACCUCACUCUAACUUUAAAAACGCAAAACAUUAUUCUUCCAGUUUUGAAUGACCAAGGCAACUAAAUUUUUAAAAACAUUGUUUUAAGAAUAAAUUAAUCAUGCAAAAGAAAUACGAUUAAACAGACUAGGAAAAUGUUCAGCAGUGAAAAAAACAUUGAAUUAACCACAGCAUAUAUAUAGUAAGAUACUACCAAAGUACAGAGUGUUAAUCUCGUGGAUACCUAGUUCAGAAAAUAGAGAAGUAAGUGACGAAAUAUGAUAUUGCAAAUGAAUUUAAAUAGAUGGGCCAAUCUUGCUCGCUCGGGAUUUCCCGCUUCGAUCCUGCUCAAGGAAAAAAGUGCGUCGAGCGGACUUACAAAGCUCUUCAUUAAAUUUUGCCAAUGUCUGCAUUGGAGUCAUGAUAAGUGGCAGAAACAGGUCAAAACAAAGAAAACAUAAACGGCUCUCGUGGGUUUAAUUGUGCCACAAACGCAGUCAUAAAAAGCGGCAGAAACAUGUCGAAAUACGGAUACUUAAACGACUUUUGUGGGUUUGAUUAUGCUACAAACGCAGUUGGCCUUCUUCUCCAGCUCUCGAAAUAAAGAAGUCAAUAUUGAUUGUUGUUCAAACGGAAAUUUUUUGCUAUGUCGUAAAUCCUUUAUUGACUAAGCUUGUUCGGUCAAGAUGGCUGAGUUUUGGCCAAGGUUUUGUGUACUUACGUCCUUUUUUGGGUGAUUGUUUCAGUGUUUGUCUCAAACGUAACUGGACUCAGAGCAAGUGAGGUCACAUUUGAGAGUUUCCGAGUGGAUUGGAAUCCAGUCCCAGAGUCCUUUAUUCUCGGCUAUAGAAUUAAUGUGCAGAAUGUCCGUCUCAGUGAGUUGGUUGUCCCCUGGAACGUGACCUACGCUCACAUAAAAGGUCUGCGUGGCAACACUACGUACACGAUAAGCGUGCUACCAUUCCAUGAUUUAACAGUUGAAGAGAUCCCUGGAGAAAACGAGGAAAGCAUCAUCAUAACCACCAAGCCAGAACCAGGUAAACAACUUUUCGGGUUGAUUUAA